AUGGUUUUCAUAUCCACCAUCACUGCGUUCUUAAUGACAGCCUUUUCCUUGGCCGAGCUUGGAGAUGGAUUUGGAAUGUUCUUUGAUAUGUAUUUACUUGGCCUUGGCUGGUCUGAAACAAGUGUCAUUGUCUCUGGAAUUCUUCGGGGUGUUGUCGACUUUUCCCUCAAAGGAAUUGUUGGAGACAUCAUUGAUAAGACAACCUACGAUCGUCGGGUUUUCCUUGGAGGAGCAGCAUUGGCAAUCGCGUUGUCGUCUUGCAUGGUCUUUGUGGUCAACGGAGCCGACGACGUUGACAAAGCCAUUGUCUACAUUGUUCGAUCGCUUGAAAGCGUCGCUUUGUCGUUCCUUGGACCGGCCUUUGGAGCAGUGACACUCUCUGCGUUUGGGCCCGAACUUUUUGACAAGAUGCAAGUCCAGCGAGAAUUAGUGUCUCAUGCAGGGUCAAUUGUCAGUGCUGCUCUCAGUGGUGUCGUGGCAUGGUACAUGUAUCCGAAUAUUCAGAUUCUUUUUUUGUUGCCUACCAUCUUUGCAGUGAGUGCCAUUUACUUUGUUCGAUACAUCCCAAGAGGAGACCCACUGAUGGGACGAGGUUUCCAUGGAACGACAGAAAAGAGAGAUGAACAAGGUUGCGUUGUCGAUACACACAAAGACGAACCAGAACCAGAAGCUGCGAGCUAUUGGGAUGUCUUUUCGGACAAACGCAUCCUUUGGAUCAUUGUUGCUGACGUAUUCCAUGUGCUGGCCGAAGCAAAUGUUGGACUGGUAUUCAAUGAGACUUUGGCUGAUGUUGGGACGUAUUCGUCAUCGAAUACCGCCGAAGUCUACGAUGAUGAUCUUGCAGAAUACAUGGAAUAUCAAAAUGAAGACGAUGCUGUCAUGUCACGGAAUGCCAUUCCUCUUCUCGCAACAGCUGGCUCGGCUGCUCAGCUGGUGAUGAUUGCUGGGACAUUCAUGGUGGGGUACUUGACAGAAAAGGGAUGGGGGCGUAAACCAUUCUAUGUCGCCCACUUGUGUGUCCAUCCUGUUCGUGUGGCGCUACUAAUACUAUGUUUGUACACCAAUGCCGGCAGUGCUUGGCUUGUGUCGACGGAAUUCGUAGGAGGCCUGACUGGAGCAUUUGGUAUUGUGAAUGCAUUCAUGAGAGCUGAUAUCCUUUUCGGAUCAGGACGGUUCAAUGUUGUGGAUGGAUUCCAAGCGACCAUCAGGGGCAUUGCCGCCACUUCGUCUUCUUAUAUUGGGGCAUAUAUUCUUGAGAACAAUGGGCCCAUGAUGGCUCUGAGCAUUUCAUUUUGCAUUGCGAUUAUCCCACCGAUUAUUGGGGCAGUAUUUGUGCCAGAAACUUUGGGUAUGAGGCAAGUCGACUUCAAAGAAGAAAAAGAAGAAGAAAAGAUCCAGCGAGCAUUGUCACGUGAAGAAGAUGGCGAAGGUCUAGGUGGUCGUCUAUUAUCAAUGUUAUCCGGAGACAAUGAAAAUAGAAAUACUUCAGAACCAGCUCAUGAGAACUACACGGAAUUGCCAAAUGUUUCGUCAUCAGGUUCAGGCUCUCAAGGGAGCAAAAGACAACUGGUCUAA